AUGGGCUCCAAAUUGUUCCCUGGCGACCCGACCAAGGUCAUGGUUAUCCGACAAGUCACUUCGAACAUCGCCACAUUCAGUGUCCCGUUUCAACGCUUUGGCUUGAUCAAGUUUGGCGGAAGAGGUACUCUUGUCAAACUCGCGACUGGAAACAUGCUCGUCGUCUCGCCAGUCGCACUUACCUCCGAAGUACAACAGACAAUUGCCUCGCAAGGCGGACAGAUAAAAUACAUUGCCGCACCAGAUAUGGAGCAUCACCUCUAUCUCACGGCGUGGAAAAAGGCCUUCCCCGACGCAGAAAUCAUUGCGCCUGAGGGCCUAUACGAAAAGCGACAGAGCAACCCCGACCAGAAAGAUAUCCAAUUCUCACAUAUCCUCACCAAAGCCAACAAACACAACAUCCAUAUUUCGGAAGAAUUCGACCGCGAGAUCGAUAUCGAAUACGUCGACGGACACGGCAACAAAGAGAUUGUCUUUUUACACAAACCCAGCAAAACCAUGAUCCAGGCCGAUCUCAUUUUCAACUUGCCAGCCAAAGAGCAAUAUUCUCGCACUGGCGAGUCUCCCACCUCCGGCAUCUUCACCAAGUUAUUUUUGCCCUUGAUCUCGGCCAAUCCGCCGCCGGCAACAUGGCACAAGCGGUUUGUGUGGUAUAUUACGGCCAAAGAUCGCAAGAGCGUUGAGGAAUCCGUUGCAAGGAUAAAUACGUGGGAUUUCGACCGGAUUAUUCCUUGCCAUGGUGAUGUAAUUGAGACUGGGGGGAAAGCGGUGUUCCAGAAUGUGUUUGAGUGGUUUUUAGAGGGAAAGAAUAAGCAGCAGCGACAUCAACAAUGA